AAGGAGGUUAGUUUUGGAUUAGGGCCGGCUGGGGCUGGGCGCAGAAAGUGUAUUUCAAGAAACAGUAAACAACCGUUAUCUAUGUCUUUUUGUUAAUUGUUAAUAGAAAACAGGUCAACUUAUAUUUUUAGUUAACACUGUCAGAAAAGUAUGGCAACUAGGAUUCCAGCCAGCUUUUGCAUCUUAUCCAAACACUUAUUGGUUUCAAGAUCACCUGCCCAACUUUCUUUAGGCCUACAUGAUAGAAGCAGAUUACUCCCUCGGUUGACAUCAAGUUUUAAUGGAAGGCAAGCACUGCAGAACUGCAUAAGGUGUGUGAGUUCAGAUGAGAGGAAAAGCAAUGAAAUUGAGAUCUACAACGGCCCACUUUCUCAACGUAUUAGAACUGUGAAGCUUUUUUCUUUAACAUCAAGUUUGUUUGGAUUGGCCUGUCAACCCAUAUUGUUAGAAAAAGUGGUUGAAGAAGGCCAUAGCCUUGCGGUGCUUAUUUUUUCUGGAGCAAUAAUACAGUUUUUUACCUUUGUUACUCCAUUUUUGUUUCAUUAUAUUACCAAGAGAUAUGUCAGAAAAAUAUACUACAACGAAGAAGCUGACGAGUAUGUGGCAUUAACGUAUAGUUUUUUUGCAGGAGAUAAGUUGCUUAACUUCAAAGCCGAAGAUGUAGUCUGUCCGGAUAUUCCCGGGAUGUUCACAACGUGGAUCGUUAAAGGAGCUCCGUUGUUCAUUGAUGCUAGCCACUUUGAAUACUUGGACCAUUACAAGAGGCUAAUGGGCUUUGACAAACCGAUAGACUUUAAAUUGGACGAUAAACCAACCAAAGAGUAGGCUAGGUUUAGUGUAUCAGAUUUGUUCUGUGAUUAAAUAGUUGUGUAGA